AUGCAUAAAAACCAGGCUUACAAUGAGUAUACUACCGGAAAUAACCGACUAUACAAAUGGUGGCAUCAUCGUUGGUUUAAGAUCAUUUGCAUCUCUCUUAUUGUUUUAACAAUAGUUGCAGUUACUCUUUCUCUGGUAUUAAAAUUUGUCAUUCUUGAACCGAGGAAGCCAGAAACCAUCACUACCACCACACCCUCAUCAGCAAUAACAACAACAUCAAUACCAACAUCCCCAACAACAACAAUAACAUUACCACAAACAACGUUUACAUCAAUAACAACACCAAUAACAUCAACAUCAACCACAUCAAUGUCAACAACAACAAUAACAACAACAACAACACCAACAUCAACGUUAACAACAACUAUAACCACACCUGAGCAACCAAAAUGGAAAAUUACUGGUAGCAUGAAUAUUGCACGAUCUGACCACACAGCGUCCGUAUUAACAGAUGGAAAAGUAUUAGUUGCUGGCGGGUAUAGUCACGAGAAAUUAAAUAGUGCUGAGUUAUAUGAUUCAUUAACCGGAAUUUGGGCAACUACCGGUAGCAUGAUUCAUUCGCGACACGACCAUACAGCAUCUGUAUUAACAAAUGGUAAAGUGUUAGUUACGGGCGGACUUGAUGAUGGUGGUCUAAAUAAUGCUGAAUUAUAUGAUCCAUCAACGGGGAUUUGGACAGCCACUGGUAACAUGAGCAAUGCACGAGAGAAACACACAGCAUCAUUGUUAACAAAUGGAAAAGUAUUAGUUACUGGUAGAUACAAUCAUGAUCAAUUGAAUAGUGCUGAGUUAUAUGAUCCAUCAACACAAAUGUGGAUAACUACUGGUAACAUGAACAAUGCACGAUCUGGCCAUACAGCAUCUUUAUUACCAAAUGGGAAAGUAUUAGUUACAGGUGGAUAUAACCAUGUUUAUCUAAAUAGUGCUGAGUUGUAUGAUCCAUUAACAGAGAUUUGGA